AUGUCUUGGGUUUAUUUCAAAACUGUUGGAAAGCACAGCUUUCCUCCUCCUUAUGUCGCCUUUUCAGAUAUUCGUAAAGGCUUCGUGUACCAACUAAUUUAUUCAAGGUUGAGUCAGCACGAGUAUACUGUACAUUAUGGAAACAAAGACAACAAUCUUAUGAAUAUCGUUGGACAAGACUGCCCCGAAUGUGAUGACAUACUGGAGGCGCUGGAGAAAAUCGACGGCGAAGCGGACUUGUUUGGCAUAGACUUCGUGAAGGUGUCGACUCCGGACGAGGCGGAGAAGUACGGGAUCCUGAACGUGCCGUCGCUCGUCUACUUACGGAAAAAGACGCCCCUCGUCUACGACGGCGACCUCACGCAGGAGGACAAGGUUUUGCAGUGGCUCACCUCCCAGGACGUCUUCGAGAUUAAGAACGAGAUCGAGGAGGUGAACAAGAAGAUGCUCGACAAGCUGCUCGAUGAGAACGAGUUCCUCGCCGUGUUCUUCUACGAGCACGGCUCGAAGGAAAGCGACGAGGUCAACGCCAGGCUGGAGAACAUUGACGGGGAGACCGACAACCUCGACAUAACGUUCGUUAAAAUGGCCGAUCCGCGCUACGCGAGGAAAUGGGGCGUCACCAAGCUGCCCGCGAUCGUGUACUUUCGCAAACGCUUCCCUAGCAUUUACCGAGGGUCUCUAUGUGCUUAG